AUGGAAUGUGGGGAGUCAAGCAGCCCCACCCCUAGAACUGGGCCUGAUGGCUACCUUGAGGUCAGGCCAGGGCAUGACUUCCAGGAGUGGCCAAAGUUGCCAAAGCAGGCAGGUGCUGCUGGGCAGGCCUUGGGGAGCAGCUCAGAGUCAGGGGCAGCCAUAGCUGGGGGCAUGUGGGGCCGGGGGGCCCCUGUUGGGGCCCUGACCCUGACAGCACUGGCAGAAGGCAUUCGGACAAGCCGGGAGCAGCCUCCAGCACCCCUUCCCCCAGUCACCCAGAUGGAGUCACGGGAACCUGAACCACGAGCCCAGGUCCCCGCUCCCGCCUCUGAGCCUGAGCCAAGGAGCACAGACAUCCUCACCGAGGGCAGUGAGCCCUGCCCCCCUGCCCACGGUCAGGAGUGUUUCCCUGAGGGAGCCCACCAGAGUCCUCAGGAAGAGGGGGCCCUAGCUGAUCUGGCAUUGUAUAUGGCUGCCUGCCUGGAGGAGGCUGGCUUUUCUGGAACCCAGACAACAGCGCUCACCCUAUCCUCAGCCCUGGAGGCCCGAGGGGAGCGGCUGGAGGAUCAGGUGCACACUUUGGUGCGCGGACUGCUGGCCCAGGUGCCCAGCCUGGCGGAGGGGCGGCCUCGGCGGGCAGCCCUGCGGGUGCUCAGCGCUUUGGCCCUGGAGCACGCACAGGACGUGGUGUGUGCGCUCCUGCCGCGUUCAUUGCCCCUAGACCGGGCAGUGGCCGAGCUGUGGCGCAGCUUGAGUCGGAACCAGCGCGUGAACGGGCAGGUGCUGGUACAGCUGCUGUGGGCACUGAAGGGCACAACGGGGCACAACCAGGGGCCACUGGCGGCCACACGUGCCCUCGGGGAGAUGCUGGCUGUGUCUGGCUGCGUGGGAGCCACCCGUGGCUUCUACCCGCACCUCCUGCUGGCGCUCGUCACGCAGCUGCAUGAGUUAGCCCGAGGUGCUCACUCCUCUGACACCCCCAAAGUUUGGGUCCUGUCUCAGAAAGGACCCCCACAGAGUCACGCCAGCUGUGUGGUGGAGGCCCUGAAGGCCCUUCUCACGGGGGACGGCGGCCGCAUGGUGGUCACGUGCAUGGAGCAGGCAGGAGGCUGGCGGAGGCUGGUGGGCGCCCACACGCACCUGGAGGGCGUCCUGCUGCUAGCCAGCGCCAUGGUGGCCCACGCUGACCACCAUCUGCGAGGUCUCUUUGCCGAUUUACUUCCGUGUCUGCGCAGCGCCAAUGACACACAACGCCUCACGGCCAUGGCCUUCUUCACCGGGCUGCUGCAGAGCCCGCCCACGACGCGGCUGCUGGGGGAGAAGGCCAUCCUGGAGCGGCUUCGUGCCUGGCAGGGGGACCCUGAGCCCACAGUGCGCUGGCUGGGCCUGCUGGGCCUGGGCCACCUGGCGCUGAACCAAGGGAAGGUGCGACACGUGAACACGCUGCUUCCUGCGCUCUUGCGCGCCCUUGGCGAGGGCGAUACGCGGCUUGUGGGCGCAGGGCUGGGCGCACUGCGGAGGCUCCUGCUGCGGCCACGGGCGCCUGUGCGGCUGCUCAGCACUGAGUUGCGGCCCCGGCUCCCGCCGCUGCUGGACGAUGCCCGGGACUCGGUUCGAGCCUCAGCAGUCGGGCUCCUGGGGACGCUGGUACGGAGGGGCCGGGGAGGGCUCCGGGUGGGGCUCCAUGGCCCCUUGCGGAAGCUGGUGCUGCAGAGUCUGGUCCCCCUGCUGCUUCGCCUGCACGACCCAAGCCAGGACGCUGCCGAGAGCUCAGAGUGGACCCUGGCUCGCUGUGACCAGGCCUUGCGCUGGGGCCUGCUGGAGGAGGUAGUGACCGUGGCCCACUACGACAGCCCCCAGGCUUUGAGCCGGGUCUGCCACUGCCUGAUUCAGCGCUAUCCAAGCCAAGUGCCCAGCUUCCUGAGCCAGACCCAAGGCUACCUUCGCAGCCCGCAGGGGCCCCUGCGCCUGGCAGCUGUUGUGCUCCUAGGCUUCCUCGCCCAUCACGCCCAACCCAGCGGAGUCAGCCAGGACCAGCUGGACUCCUUGUUCAGGGACCUGGGGCAGCUGCAGAGAGACCCUGAGCCUGCUGUGGUCGCCGCCGCACAGGUGUCUGUCCAGCAGGUGGCAUUGCUGGCCGGUGCAGAGAGCUGGCCCCGGAGCCCAUGGCUGGUGCGCCUUGCACGCCUGCCCCGCUGCCUCUCCCACCGCCCCUCACGCAUCCCACCUGUCUAUCCCGACAGCCCCUUUCAGCACCGGAGUGGUGCAGACCGUUGGAACUGCUCCAGUCCUGGUUGA